AUGAGAGCCCUGCCCUUGUGUGUCCUGAUAGCAUCUCGCCCUAACUACAUGAGAGCCCUGCCCUUGUGGGUCCUGAUAGCAUCUCGCCCUAACUACAUGAGAGCCCAUAUGAGAGCCCUGCCCUUGUGGGUCCUGAUAGCAUCUCGCCCUAACUACAUGAGAGCCCUGCCCUUGUGGGUCCUGAUAGCAUCUCGCCCUAACUAUAUGAGAGCCCUGCCCUUGUGGAUCCUGAUAGCAUCUCGCCCUAACUAUAUGAGAGCCCUGCCCUUGUGGGUCCUGAUAGCAUCUCGCCGUAACUACAUGACAGCCCUGCCCUUGUGGGUCCUGAUAGCAUCUCGCCCUAACUACAUGAGAGCCUAUAUGAGAGCCCUGCCCUUGUGGGUCCUGAUGGCAUCUCGCCCUAACUACAUGAGAGCCUAUAUGAGAGCCCUGCCCUUGUGGGUCCUGAUAGCAUCUCGCCCUAACUACAUGAGAGCCCUGCCCUUGUGGGUCCUGAUAGCAUCUUGCCCUAACUAUAUGAGCGCCCUGCCCUUGUGGGUCCUGAUAGCAUCUCGCCCUAACUAUAUGAGAGCCCUGCCCUGCCCUUGUGGGUACUGA